UUAGAUACACGUCUCUUAACUCAACCGCCAUCGACCUCUCCUUCGACCAGGCUAUCGGACAAGACCCUGUGCAUGGUGGCCAGGCAGGGCGACACUCGGGAACUGCGCCAUUACGAUGUCCACAACCUCUACGGAUGGUCGGAGACGCUCCCCACGCUCGAAGCACUCCAGGCAGCAACGGGCAAAAGAGGCAUCGUGGUGACCCGCUCGACGUACCCGGGCAGUGGCAGAUGGGCGGGGCACUGGCUUGGGGACAACACGGCCAGCUGGAGGCACCUCGGGGACUCUAUCACAGGGAUGCUGGAAUUCAACCUCUUCGGGAUACCCUACGUUGGUGCGGAUAUUUGCGGAUUUUUCGACAACGCCGAAGAGGAGAUGUGCGAGCGGUGGAUGGAGCUGGGCGCCUUCUACCCCUACAGUCGGAACCACAACACACUGGGCGCUAUCGACCAUGAUCCUGGUUUAUGGCCUAGCGUAGCGGCAUCUAGCAGGAAGGCGCUAAGAAUCCGCUACACUCUGCUACCGUACCUUUACACGCUACAUUUCCUCGCCGCUACGAAAGGUUCUACUGUUGUGAGGCCGCUGUUCUUCGAGUUUCCAAAUAUUGUCGACACGUGGGAUAUAGACGACCAGUUCCUGUGGGGAUCCUGGCUCAUGGUUGCUCCAGUUAUCCAACAAGGAAUGACGUCGAGAAGAGUAUAUUUCCCCCGAGGUAUCUGGUAUGACUAUUAUCAAGGCGCCGUGUUCAACCAGACGUACGGGACCGAGAGGCCUGUGGUGGCUCCUCGCUCUCACGUCCCUCUGUUCGUGCGCGGGGGGGGGAUCCUCGUCACACAGCGGCCGCGAGACAACACAGCGCAUUCGAGGAAGGAGCCCCUGGGAUUGGUCGUCGCCCCGGACUGGUCGCAGGAAGCCUCUGGCACGUUCUUCUGGGACGAUGGAGAAGGAAUAGACACGGUUGACAAGGGAGAGUUUUACACAGCUGACAUCACUUAUGCCCAGAACAGCAUAGCAUGGACGCCCACCCACGCCCACGAGGCCUCGGGAGCCAGCGCCCUCUUGCUCUCCGACGUCAGGGUCUUCGGCGUCAGGUCUCGGCCCUCGCAGGUCACCCUCGACGGCACUCGCUGGCACUCCGGGGACUGGCACUACCACGCGGCGUCGCAGGUGAGAUCCAGCUUAGAACUCCUGGCGUAA